AUGGCCGAUCCGUGGGUUUUUUUUUUUCACUUUUCAUUUUCUGUAAUUUGAGACGGCUGAUCAGUGGAAAACAAGUUUUGAGCUUUUCUAUAGUUUCCAAAAACAUUCUUUGUAAAGUAAGCUUUAUUGUCAUUGCACAGGUUAGAAUACCAAAUUAUGAACAAAGUUUCACUUUUUUUGCAAGUUGGGUUAAUAAUAAUAAUUAUUCGAAAUGAGAAAAAAAGGAACGUGGUUUAGAGUUUUGGAAUCAGAAAUAAAUUAACUUCAGAACGCCUUUCUGUGAUGUCUCUUCUCAUUUUUCUCCACAAAUUCAGUAACAAAAUCAAUAAAUUGUUUAUUUAUAUGAAUCCGUGUUGAAAAAGCCUCGUAGCCAAGUACAUCAAAAAGACAAGCAAAUGUAUGUCAAAUUUGCUGACCUGAGCCGCAAAAAACGCGAGAAACGUGCUCCAUCGGUCGGGGUCAGCGUCUGCGUCUCCAAGCUCUGCAUGCUCUCUAUAUUGAGUCCGUCCAACUUCUGUUCGAUAUUUUUGUUUUUUGCUCCUCCCUUUGCUUUCGGCACGUAUGCUUCUGUUUGCUCUAUGCGAUUUCGAUCUUUUAGAUCUUUUAAAUGUUUUUAGACCUACCUAAUGGUCUAUGUAAAUUUUGGGCUCGAAACUUGAAACUACGAAAAUUUUGACGCUUUAAAAAUUGAGAUUAUUUUUUAUCGGAUGUGGCACCGGAAUGUCUGAACAAAAAUUAGAAGGAUCAAAUUUUAUUCUAAUUUUCCUUGUAAGUUUAGUGUAAAAAUCGUCUCAAGUCAGCGGUGAGAAGAACUAAAUUCGUGAACGCUGAUUUUCAGAAAUAGUAUCGAGUUUAAUCGUUUUCAAUACCUUCACUAAAAUAUUUAGAGGGACGUUUCGAGAAAUACUGCGAGUUUUUUGACCUUGAACUUUCGGUUCCCUCUCCAUUUCACGCAAAACUUUUCCUUUCAAUUGUCAAAACGAAAUAAAACAUUUUCUCAAGUUCCUUGAUUUCUUUUCAAUUUCUUUUUUUUUACUGCUCUUCAUUGCAUUCAUAAGUCUUGUUCGAACAAAAAAAUGAGCUACAAUGGGAAUAAGAAUUUGGAAAAAAAGUUUUUCCUGUUCCUUUUUUUAAUUUUUCAAAUUUUUUUAGAAAAAUUUCUGUGCACGAAAUGAUUCUAAAAUAAAAAGAUAUAAUAGCACAAACUUCCUUCACUAUCUUUCGCUGAUUGUUAUUUUUAUACUGUAUUCGAUUUGAAACGGGAAGUUGAGCUUGCACUUGGAAUGCCUAAAAGCGUCGCGAUUUGAACUAUUCCACCAUCAAGCGUCGUCCCACUUGCAAACACAAGUUUCCAAGCCAGAACGAAUCAAGUUUAUGAAGCAUGCUGAAACUUCAACCUAGAAUAGCAGACAAAAACUCACUUCGUUUUGCCGUUGAAGUUCGAAGUCCGAGAGCUAAAUAUUUCUUCCACCUUUUUUUGGCAUCGAAUGAAUCUCACCUCCAGUGUUCAGAAUGGCAACGACGAUCAAGGAAGUCUUCUCGGAGGUGUCGCCGAUCGUGGAGACGAGCCACGCAAAGGUUACGGUAGUCGGAGUCGGACAGGUCGGCAUGGCCUGCGCCUACAGUAUCCUCCAGCAGGUUUUUGGAAACUUGUAUCAGUUCAGUCAUCUUCUUGACAUCUAGAACUUGGCCAACGAGAUCUGUCUGGUGGACGUGGUCGCCGACAAACUGAAAGGCGAGAUGAUGGACUUGCAGCACGGCUUGGCCUUCACGCGCCAUUGCGUCGUCAAAGCCGACACCGGUUCUGAAUCCUUUCUCUUCUAAUUGAAUUCUUUCCUUCACAGAUUACUCCAUCACGGCUGGCUCGAAACUGUGCGUCAUCACGGCCGGCGCACGACAACGUGAAGGAGAAACUCGGUUCGUUCUGGAGUCCUACCGAGCAGGAUAGACACUUUUGAAUCGGUCUAAAAUCAAUGGAUGAAAAGUUUUAACGCUUAUUCGAUAUCUGAGUCUAAAAAAUGCCGAGGAGUUCUGUAAAAAAUCCACAAGGGCUGAAAGGAAAACUCAACCUGUCUAUUUCAGCUUCUUUUUUUAAUAGAUUGUGUUUAUUUUCUCCCAAAAAAGGGUUUUCAAAAAAAAGUACAAGUUGAUAUAUUUAAAUUAGAGCUCAACGAAACCUUUUUUGGCUCACAAUAGGAAAAAAAAAACUACAUCUGGUGAGUUUUAUCUGAUGCAGAAGUCCUACCGUGAGAUCAUACCGAAGUAAGAAACCCAUUCUGGAGAGUUCAGGCUAUCACUUGUCCAAAGGAACGUCGAGAUUUUCAAAGGAAUCGUGCCGAAACUCGUCCAGUACUCCCCGGAUACGCUAAUUCUCGUCGUCUCCAACCCUGGCAAGCCAUAGCUCCCCCCUUAAAAUGAUUGAAGUUUGAUUAUCAGUUGAUGUUCUGACCUACGUCACGUGGAAGCUGUCGGGUCUGCCUCGCGAGCGCGUCUUCGGCUCCGGAACCAACCUCGACUCGGCCAGAUUCCGAUUCUUGCUCUCGGAGAAGCUGAACAUCGCGCCGUCGUCUUGCCACGGCUGGAUCAUCGGCGAGCACGGCGACUCUAGCGGUUUGUCAGAAACGUGAGGCUCACUCUCCCGUUUUCCAGUGGCUGUUUGGUCUGGUGUCAACGUCGCCGGAGUCACUCUCCACGACGUUAAUCCCAACAUUGGAGAGAAGGCUGACAAUGAAAACUGGGAGGCCGACAUUCAUCAGCGCGUAAUUGACAGGUGGUUUAUAAAAUGAAGCUCAGUGAAAAGCCAAAAACACCUCUAGAACUUAUUUUUUCUUGGUCUUUUUUUAUUCCUUUAUGUGUCAUAUUGGAUCAUUCCGCCAACUAUUAUAUUUAAUUAACAAAUUAAAAUUCAGCGCCUACGAAAUAAUCAAGCUGAAAGGCUACACCUCCUGGGCAAUCGGUCUUUCGGUCGCCAAGAUCGUCCAAGGCAUCUUCAGCAACUCUCGCAACGUCUACGCCUUGUCUACCAACGUCAACGUACGUAACUAGAUCUUUCUAGUCUUUAUUGAGUUCUCAGGGCUUCCACGGCCUCACCGACGACGUCUACCUCUCUCUUCCAGUGGUUCUCGGUGCCAGUGGCAUCACGCACGUCGUCAAACAAAAUCUGGCGUCGCACGAAGUCGAGAAGCUGCACAAGUCUUCGCGUGCACUCCUCGAAGUCCAAAAUGGACUCACCAUGUGA